GUUCAACAUCGGCAGUUUCCGGGUCAAGGAUGAAAAAACGGCGGAAACAGAGAUCGGACUUUUCCGGAGCAUUUCGGGGUGCGCGUGGUGUUGGGCUAAAGGCCGUUAGCUUUGACUAACCGUCACUAACGUCGGUUUGCGGUGGAGUUUGUUGAAUUUGUGGCAACGCUAAAUAAGCAAAUAUAUUUUUAGGACGCAGUUUACCGGAUCGUCAGUCUCCACAGAGGACAUUGGAACAAAAGCACCGGAGGUGGACCGACAGCCGGAGAGUUUGGGCGGUCGGAUGAGGUUAGCGCCGCCGCGGCUGUGUGGACGUUAGCUCCGUUAACUCGGUGAAGCUGUGCUAACAUCAAGAAGACCCGACAGGAUCUUCCGAAAUUAAAAGAUUUCUUGCUGCAUCUGCUCUCAGCAAGAUUUGAGCAAGCUCUUUAAUCUCCAGUGAACAUCAAAAACCACCAAAACAAAUGCAAUAACGUCCAGUGCUCACACUGCUGUGUUGAAGAGAAGUGACAAAUCAUGAGUAGCUGGAGCUCAUGAAACUGCCAAAAUGUCAUCAAUCGUAGGACUCCCUACAAGAGGAUCAGAUGUAACAGUUUUCAUAACCAGGCCUCACUUGCAUCCCCUUUGUGUGCUUGUGGAGUUCUGGGGAAAAUUUGGCCAGGAGAAGGCAGCAGAUUAUGAGUGCCUUGCCAAAGACAUUCAGUCUCCUAGAAGCGUAUUUCAGGAGUUUGAAGGAAACCCUGGUGACCAGUGCUUGGCUCUAAUAGAUGGUGUUUGGUGCAGGUGCCGCAUAGUGUCAAGAAAUGGCUCCAAAUACAGUGUGUUCCUCAUUGACAAAGGGAGAACAUAUAGCACCAUCACAAGUAAGCUGGCCUGGGGUAAGAAGAAGCACUUCCACCUGCCACCUGAAGUGGAAUUUUGUGUGCUAGCCAAUGUGUUACCCUUCUCACCUGAGAACAGAUGGUCCCCACUAGCUCUCGAGUUUCUGAAAUCUCUGUCCGGGAAGUCUGUGAAGGCACACGUGCAAGAUGUGCUGGUGCCACACAGAACAUUUCUCCUGCACAUCCCUUGCAUAUCCAGACAAAUGUAUGAGAUGGGAAUUGCAAAGAAGCUGUCUCCCGAUGUGUUUCAGGAUUUUGUUCUUGAGUCACUGCAGUCUCUGAGUGGCUCUGUGCUGUCUCCGGAGACUCGGCUCUCUAUGGGAGCAGCUAAGCAACUGCACAAGAAAGAGCUCUUUAUGUAUCCAGAGCUGCCAGCAGGAACCGUGGAGACCGUCAUAGUCACCGAAGUGGCAAAUCCGCAGCGGAUUUUUUGCCAGUUGAAGGUCUUUUCACAAGAGCUGAAGAAACUCUCAGGGCAAAUGACACAGUGCUGUGAGGGCAGAAUGACCAACUUCAUUGUAAGUCCCGAAAUGAUUGGGUUUCCCUGUGCUGCAAGAGGAAGUGAUGGCAGGUGGUACCGCUCCGUCCUACAGCAGGUGUUCCCAAACAACAAUGUGGUGGAGGUGCUGAACGUUGACUAUGGAACAAAACAGUUUGUUUCAGUGCAGAACGUAAGACCGCUGGCUUCAGAGUUCUUCAGGAUGCCAGUUGUGACUUACAUCUGUUCCCUCCAUGGAAUCAUCGACAAAGGGGUUGGAUGGACAUCCAGCCAGAUCGACUAUCUCAAGACCCUGCUCCUGCAUAAGACAGUGAUUGCCAAAUUCGAGUACCAAAGCAUCUCUGAAGGCGUUCACUAUGUCACGCUCUAUGGGGAUGAAAACACAAACAUCAACAACAUGUUUGGUUCCAAGGAGCGCUGUUUUCUAGAGAGGGAGAAAACACUUGAAGACUAUGCCAUUCGUAGCACUGCAUGCAACCGCCAGCAUCCGGCUGAGAGAAAGAUGCUCACUCCUGGACACGCUGGAGACGGAAAAGAAGGGAAAGGAAAAACAGAGAAGUUGCCGGCUGAAGACCUGUCUCUCAACUCGUCACAUGUGGCAUUUGUUCACCACAUCAAUGACCCAUCAGAGUUCUGGAUCCAAACACAAAACCAUGCAAAGGAGUUGGAUGAACUGAUGGAUAGCAUCUACCAUCUGUACGCAGACUCGGUGAAUAAAAAUGUGGUGAAGCCAACUGUUGGACUCUACUGUGCUGCCAGGGCAGAAGAUGGUGAGUUCUAUAGAGCAACUGUGGCUGAAGUUGGUGAGCAGCAAAUCAAAGUGUUCUUUGUUGAUUAUGGAAACACCGAAGUGGUUGACAGGAGUGACAUCAGGACCCUUCCCGAGGAGCUGAAAAAGCUGCCGUGUCUCUCAGUGAAAUGCACCUUGGCUGGAGUCAGGCCGAAAGAUGGGAGAUGGAGUCAAGAGGCCUGUGACUUUUUCAUCAAAGCAGUCACAGAUAAAGAACUAAAGGUACAUGUGACAGUGAAAUAUGAUGAGGGCUAUGCUGUCCAACUAACAGACCCUGAAGCUCAGGGAGAGAGAGAUCUCAGCACAAUGAUGUGUACUUCUGGCUUUGCUGAGAGGGCUGAGAUACAACCCAAAGCCAAAAUUACCAUGCAACCUGCCAUUCUGCCACAACUUCCAGAUGCCAGGCUCUCGGGUGUUUACAUGAACAAAGGGAUGCCAUUCCAGACCCCAAACACAGUUCGCUUUGCCAUAAAUGAAAAAGUUCCUACAUUCAAGGAGCACAUGUUUCCUAUAGGAAGUGUCCUUGAUGUCAGUGUGUGCUACAUCGAAAGCCCAAAUGACUUCUGGUGUCAGCUAGUGCAAAAUGCAGGGCAUUUGAAAUUGCUUAUGCACGACAUGCAGGCUCAUUAUACAGGCAGUGAGUUUCAGCCCCUUGUGGAAACAGCUUGUGUUGCUCGCCACCCUGACAACAGAAUGUGGUACAGGGCCCUUGUAAUUCACAAACAUAAAACACCUGAUGUGGAUGUGUUGUUUGUUGACUAUGGGCAGACAGAGAGAGUCUCCCUCUUUGACCUGAGGAAGAUCAGGCCAGAGUUCCUCACUCUGCAUGGCCAAGCUUUUCGCUGUAGUCUAUUGAACCCUGUUGACCCUAUGUCUGUCAUAAAUGAGUGGAACAAAGAAGCCGUGGAUAGGUUUCAAAACUUUGUGGAAACUGCCGCAUCCAACUUUGUGAUUUUGAAAUGCACCAUUUAUGCUGUCAUGUACAGUGAGCAGAAGAUUGUUUUCAACAUUGUGGAUCUGGAAACUCCCUUUGAGAGUAUUUGCACCAGUAUGGUUAAUCUGGUCAAGAGUGAACUUCCCAAGAAAGCUGCUGUGUCUUCUUUCCGUCUGGACACAUACUACUACUCAACGCACAAUGUCAAAACUGGCACAGAGGAACAGGUCACGGUGACAUGUGUGAACAGUGUCGGUCAGUUCUACUGCCAACUUGAGAGGAAUGCUGAUGUGAUGAAUGAUCUCAGGCUCAGAGUGAGCAAUCUUUGUCAGCAGCUUGAGAAUGUAAAGUUACCGACAGUCUUUGGGACUUUGUGCUUUGCGAAAUACACCGAUGGGCAGUGGUACAGGGGACAGAUAAAGGCCACAAAGCCAGCGAUUCUGGUCCACUUUGUGGAUUAUGGUGACACUAUUGAGGUGGAGAAAUCUGACUUGCUUCCAGUUCCCAGAGAGGCCAAUGACAUCAUGUCUGUGCCUGUGCAAGCAGUUGUGUGUGGUCUCUCUGAUAUGCCUGCUGAUGUUCCCAGUGAGGUGAACAGCUGGUUAGAGACCAGUGUGACAGAAUGUAAAUUUCGAGCACUAGUAGUGGCCCGAGAACCUGAUGGGAAACUUCUGGUGGAGCUAUAUCAUGGAAACACUCAGGUCAACUCAAAGAUCAAGAAGAUGUUUCGGACUGAGAUGCAAACAAAAGGUAAUAUUGUUAACAAGGGUCGGAGAGCACUUGAAGCAUCAGCAAACCAUGCACAAAAGACUCUAAAAGUUGUCCCCAGACAAGCAGAAAUGUACAAUCGCACUCAAACCUCAAAGAAAAAUGUCUCUGCCCCCAAACCAGCAGCACGUCAAAUGAAGGACGCCAAGAACAAAGCUGCACCGUUAGAGCUGUACAUACCUCCACACCAAAGGCAGUCAAGUAGAAGGACACCAAGCAAUACAGGAAAUGGCUUUGAGCCGGCAAGUGCCUCUGUCAAACCAGGAGAAGAAAGUCUCCCCACGGACACGGAACAGCUCAUAAAGUCCAAAUUACCUGGCUCAGAAUCUCAGAGUGAAAGCAACGCUGAAAAAUUCCCCAAACUUGCAGACCUGCCGUCAAAAUUGAUCACAAUGGGUAUGGAAGCAGAAGUCUAUGUCUCGCACUGCAGCAGCCCAUUGAGUUUCUAUGUGCAACUUGUCUCAGAGGAGACUGGAAUAUUCUCCCUUGUGGAAAUGCUAAAUGGUCCCCAAUCCAUCCCCCAAAACACAGACAUCAGAGAUGUGCAUCCAGGUGACCUGGUUCAAGCAGAGUUCGCAGAUGAUUCCUCGUGGUACCGAGCAGUUGUAAAAGAGAUUCAAGGCGCAACAACAGCUCUUGUUGAGUUUGUUGAUUUUGGAAAUACAGCAAUGCUGCCAGUUUCUAAGAUUGACAGACUCCAUCAGUCUUUCUUGCAACUUCCCGUGUACAGCACACCCUGUAUGCUCAGUCAGGCUGCAAGUCUUGGAAAAGAGGAAGUGCUUGAUCCAGAGGUAGUGUCAGCUUUCAAAGAAGACAUUGGCAGCAGUGGUGAAAAGAUUUUCAAGUGCCAGUUUAUCAGGCAGACAGGAUCUGUGUGGGAGGUUAGUCUUCAAGACAGUGGUGUAAAUGUCAUGUGUAAAGUACCUGGCAAAUUUUCAACUGAUGGUACUGAAAUCACCUCUGAAAAACAGGUCAAAGAAAACCCUGACCAGAACUCUGACAUCAGUGAAGUUUCAGAGAACUCAUCGCUGAACUCUUUAUUUUACCACCGACAAGAGUUUUUAGAGGGACAAAAGUUAGAUGUCUAUGUCACAGCUGUAAAUGAUGCUCAGACAUUUUGGUGUCAGCCUGCGGACUCAGAAGAGCUUAAUAAGAUAACAUCAAGUGUCUCAGAAGUGGGGGAUGCAGCCGACAAACACAUCGACCCAGGCGCUCUCUCCCCUCGCAGCCCAUGUGUUGCUCUUUUUUCAGACGAUCAAUUUUGGUACCGUGCGGAGGUCAUCGACAAAGUUGGAGAAGAGCUGUCUGUUCUCUUUGUGGACUAUGGAAACAAGUCCCAAGUCAACAUUACAGAUGUUAAGGAAAUGCCCCCCAAACUGAUGGAAAGUCCUCCACAGGCAUUUUUGUGUGAGCUUGAAGGCUUUGAUGCUUCACAGGGAUCCUGGGACAGUGGUUCAGUCGAUGAGUUUUCAGCUCUCACAACAGACAAAGUGUUACAGCUCACUGUCAGCAGAGUAAGGAGAGAAGAAAGAAAAGUCAAAUGCGUCGUGCGGAUGGAAAGUGAGGGCCAGGUGAUAAACGAGGCACUGAAAGCCUGGUGGAAGAGCUCCACAACUGAAAACAUACCUGGUGCAGUUGGACUGACCACUUUAGUUGAAACACCUCUGCAAUGUGAGUCAACCAUGAUAGAGUCUGCACCACCAGAGACUGAACCAGAGUAUCCUGAAAGCCAAGAAAUGGACACUGCUGAUGCUUUCAUUCAUCCUGAGAGAGACCUCACCGGAGUGCAGAGCACUGGCGAGCUCGUAGAGUUCUGUGCAGAUAUUUUGCCAUGUGAUAAUGACAUAGAUCCUUCACUCGAUGAAAAAGGUGACCAAGGUAUUUUGACCUUGAGCUGUGACAAGAGUGACAGAGGCACUGAAGAAGAGGGUGCUUCAAUGAUGGACCCUAUUGAUGAAGACUUAAGUUCUGUAUUGGAGUCUCUGGACAAGAACCCUACAGAGGCCACAGAUGGGUCAGAGAUUGUAAUGAUUGAUUCAGAGUGUCUGGAUGAGAACCCUAUGGAGACCAUAUAUCAGUCACAGAUUGUAAUGACUAACUUGGAGUCUCUGGAUGACAGCCCUACAGAGGCUAAAGAUGAGUCAGAGAUCACAUUGACUGUAUCAGACUCUGCGGACGACAACCUGACUAAAGCUACAGAUGAAUCAGAGAUCGUAACGAUUGACUUGGUGUCUCUGGACAAGAACCCUACAGAGAGACCCACAUAUAAGUCAGAGAUCACAGCAACUGCAUCAGAGUCUCCGAACGACAACCUGACAGAGGCUGAAGAUGAGUCAGAGAUCGUAACAACUGACAUGCAGUCUCUGGAUGAGGGCCCUAUGCGGGCCAAAGAUGAGUCAGAGAUCGCAUUGACUGUAUCAGAGUCUCCAGACGACAACCAAACGGAGGCUACCGAUGAGUCAGAGAUUGCAACAACUGCAUCAGAAUCUCUUGACGACAACCCUACAGAGGCUACAGUUGAGUCCAAGGUCGUAACAGUUGACAUGGAGUCUCUGGACAACAAUCAAACAGAGGCUACAGAUGAGUCAGAGAUCGCAUUGACUGUAUCAGAGUCUCCAGACGCCAACCAAACGGAGGCUACAGAUGAGUCCAAGGUCGUAACAGUUGACAUGGAGUCUCUGGAUGAAAGCUCUGCGGAGACCACAGAUGAGUCGGAGAUCACGACAAGUGACAUGGAGUCUCUGGAUGAGAACCUGAUGGAGACCGUAGAUGAGACCGAGAUCAAAACAACCGACUUGUCUCUGCUUGGAGAGGUCGAUACCAACACUGUGGAAAGCAGCCUUGACGUCAUAAAUGUUUCUGAUCCGACCGAAGACCGAGACAACAGCGAGGCGAUCACUGACAGAGAUAACUCCCCGAUCAGCAAGACGUCAGUGAAAAUGGUUCCUCGUGAAGCUGUCGGUCUCAGGCAGAGCGUUGAUCUGCAGGAGACACGGGAGGACAUCUGUGCAGACCUGAAGCAGUUUCAGACUGAGCCGGUUCCUCCCUCCUGUGAGCUUCCUGCGUUUGCGCUGCCAGCUGACACUGACGCCGCAGCCAGCGAGACACACACCUGCACAGCUUCCUCUCAGGACUCGGGUGACGGGGUUGAGGAGGUGACCUGCUCUGUGGAAGAGGCCUGUUUGAUGCACGUCUGCACAGAGCAUAAUGAGGGACGUGAUGAUGGCAGAGUCGGCGGCCUGACAGCAGAGGACAUUCAGGCUCUGUGGUCUCAGCUCAGAAGUGUCUCGGUGAAUGAAGAUCUGACCUCUGCUCUUCCUGAAGCUCUGCCUUCUGUCUCUGAGCCACCAACGUAUCCAGAUCUGAGCGGGCUGGGUGAGGAGGUGACGUGUCUCGUCGGUCCGACAGACAUCUGCAGAGUUGCAGACAGGGACCAUGUUCUGCUGGGAUGUGAGUCUGAAGACAAACCGGAGGACGGCGAGCAGCUGCUGGAGACGCCCUCCAGUCCAGAGGAGGAUUUCAGCGAGCGUGUCCCUGAGGACGAGAAGUCUUCUGCUGACGACGACAGUUUCGAGGCUCAGCUGUGGAAGAUCUCUCACCUGUCUCUCAUCCUGAUCGACGGCUCUGCUGACGCGCUGCCGGCCGAGCGUCAGCCGGAGGAGUGACCGCCUCCACUGUCUUUGCUUUGUCUUUCAUCAGACACGUUUAUCUUCAGGGACCGCAGGUUCCAGUUCAGUGUUUUCUGUUUCUUUGCCGUUUGUCCUCAGCGUGGUGAGCCGUCAGCUCAUCUUCAGCCUUUAACGUGUUCGUUUCAUCGUUCCUGCUGAGAAACGAGCGUCCGGUUUAACGCGUGAGCGGAAGCGCCUGUCAGUGCGUCAGGAGUUAGAGUCCGCGUGUUCUCUGUUGUUUCUGAUGAUCUGUGUGAUCAAAGUGCUGCGUAAUUCUUUAAAAACUAAUCAAUCUUUUGUUGAAUAUAAGACAGAUUUCAAUGCUUGAUGUCAACUGUAGUUUUCGAGACAGUUUUCUGUAUUUUGUGUCAAAACAUGCAGACUUUGAAAAUAUAUUUAUGUUGGCACAAUAAAUAUUACAGAUCUUUUGAAGAGUCGUGGUUUCCUUUUUUUUGUUUGGGCUUAAAGGGACUAUAGA